CGCCCACAGUGGAUGGAAUGAGCGUGGUCAGGUUGAGUGUGCAUCCUGCGGAUGCUUAGGGCCCACGCGACCUUCCCCAGCACUAGUCCGCUAGAGGCCCCGCGCGACCGGAAGUAGCUGGCAUGCUGAUCCCACAAUUAAUGAAGAAUUGUUUUCAGUUACUUUGUAAUCACAAGGUCCCAGCAGCGGGCUUUAAAAGCACAGUGAAAAGUGGACUCAUUUUACAAUCUGUUUCCAAUGAUGUGUAUCAAAAUCUAGCUGUAGAAGACUGGAUCCAUGACCAUGUGAGUCUAGAAGGCAAGCCAAUUCUCUUCUUUUGGAGGAACUCUCCCUCCCUUGUGAUUGGGAGACAUCAGAAUCCUUGGCAGGAAUGUAACCUGACUCUCAUGAGAGAGGGAGGCGUCAAACUGGCUCGGAGACUAAGUGGAGGAGGAGCUGUGUACCAUGACAUGGGCAAUAUCAACCUCACUUUCUUUACAGCCAAAGCCAAGUAUGAUCGAAUGAAAAACCUGAAAUUAAUCGUGAGAGCUCUAAACACUGUCCAACCCCAGCUGGAUGUGCAGGCCACAAAAAGAUUUGACCUGUUACUUGAUGGGCAGUUUAAAAUCUCAGGAACAGCUGCUAAGAUCGGCAGGACUACUGCGUAUCACCACUGUACCUUGUUAUGUAGUACUGACAGGACCUCUUUGUCUUCUUUGCUGAAGAGCCCGUACCAAGGGAUCAAGAGCAACGCCACUACUAGCAUACCUGCGGUGGUGAAAAACCUUCUGGAAAAAGAUCCCACUCUGACCUGCGAAGUACUGAUAAAUGCUAUUGCUGCAGAGUAUGCUGCUUAUCAUCAACUUGAUAAUCACAUCCACCUCAUCAACCCAACAGAUGAGAGCGUAUUUCCUGGAAUAAACAGCAAAGCCAAAGAACUACAAACUUGGGAGUGGAUAUAUGGCAGGACUCCAAAGUUUAGUGUAAACACUACCUUUAAUGUGUUAUGUGAACAGGCAUAUUUGGAAAUCAAAGUAUUUCUAGACAUAAAGAAUGGAAGAAUCGAAAUGUGCAAGAUCGAAGCACCUGAUCAUUGGCUGCCCCUGGCAAUAUGUGAUAAAUUAAAUUCAAGUUUGACUGGCAGCAAGUUUUGCCCAAUUGAAACUACCAUGAUAAUGCAUAUGUUACUUAGAAUGUGUCCCGGAGACCAGGAACUACAUAGUAAAUGGAAUGUUCUCUGUGAAAAAAUUAAAGGAAUAAUGUGACUCCAGAUGCGCUUUCCUGGCCUCCCUUGAAGCGAGGGUGUGGGCACAUGAGCCGGCCAGCUGCUCCUGCUGCAGACUUUGAAUCGGAAGCCAGCGAGGCAGAGAACCUGAGAGGGGAGACCCCUCUCUAAUCAGGACCCUCCUUUCUCAGAUCGCCAAGGCUGCGAGGCCAGCAUUAGCAGGGCCGUGAUGGAAGUCACAUCGUUGCCACAUCCAGCCCUUGCAGUGGGGGCAGCAGGGUCCCAUAUGGUUACUUCUCGGUUAUUUUUCAAGGCAAAGCUUGCACAUCUCAGUGUAGAGCUCCUGUGGUGGUGCUAUGAACUACCUAUUACCUUAAGCAGACCUUUUUAUAUCAAGUAGUGGUAGUUUUUGUUGCUUUUAUAAAAAUACUAGUGUAAUUUCUUAGGCAGACUAUGGGUUGAGGAAAAGAGAUUAAGGAUUACUAUGAUUGUGCCGCGGACUGAGCAGAUGUUCUCCCAGUGAACUACAUCACCAGCUCCAAAUCUAAUAUGUGAAAGGAUGGAAGAGAAAACUGUAUUUUACCAAAGUUAAGUUUUGCAAAGGGAGUGGUCUAUCUCCAUCACUGGCGCUGCCAGGGCCGGCCUCACUGCCCUUGCUGUCUGACCCUGCAAGGUCAGGUGAGAUGAAGGUUAAAAAAUGCCCAGUGUGUUUGGCGAGAUGGAGGUCACUGCUGACUUGAACACAUUUCAGUGGAGUGAGUGAGUGGAGCUGAAGUGUGAAGAGGUGGUGAGGAAGUGGAGGACACUGUCCUGGGAGGACUCUUUGAAGAAGUUUGUUCAUGAAGGAGAACAGCGCACAGGGCAGCAUCUGCUCGGGGAUGUGUGUGCCGGCGGGAAUGAUCAGUAGGGCGGGACACACUGUUCUUGGAUCAAGUCCUUCACGAGGCUACAGGUCACACCAAGAUCACUGCUGCAAACCAGUCCAUCUUCUGUACGCACUUGGAGAUAUUAAACCUUUUUCUAUAUGUUGUAAAUUUGACCAUGUUUUCAAACUUUGUUUAUGGUGCCUAUACCCAAGUUUUAAAUAUGUAUGUGAUCAAAGCUUUUGCUCUAUUCCUUUCCUUGACAGUUUUUCUGGUCUUUGUGUUAUUCUUAUUUAUUUGGUAGGAGUUCAGAAUAAAA